AUUUUAUAUAUAUAUUUUUAAAAUUGCUGGAAAGUUUUUGUAGUAACACACACAUCUCGUCCUCAUUCAUCUCUUCUAUUUCUAUUCUCAAAAUAAGAGCCCUACACUUCCCAUUCAUCCGUAUCUCUUUAUUGAAUUUUUGGUCAAAUUUUCCUCAUUUGAGUGUCUCAAAUUUGGAAUCUUUGGCUAAAAUCCUUUCUUCAUUUUUCUCUUUUUAUUCCUUUCUUCAUCACGUGUGAUUCAGGUGGUUAAUUGUGUAUUAAGAUCUGCUAUAUUUUUAUUUAUCUCUGUGUUCAAUGGGCGCAUUAGAUGAAGGGCACUAUCAUUCAGAAAUAGAGAAUGAAGUAAAUCUUGAGCUUGGGUUUGAGGUUCAGCCUGAAACUGUUGCUAUUAAGGAUGCUGUAAAAGUCCUUUUGCAAGGUUUGGGUGAAGAUAUUAAUAGGGAAGGCAUUAAAAAAACUCCUUUUCGUGUUGCUAAGGCUCUUCGUGAAGGAGCUAGAGAUUCUGCAAUCAUGAACCCUUUGUCCCUGUAUGUAUGAAAGGAAGGACAAGGGGUAGGGUGGUGGAAUUAGCUUUACCAGACAAACGAGCUUUGUCAUUUUCUAGGAGUAGCUAUUUCAGUUAAACGACAUCUUUUAUACCAUUAGAUACUUCAUCAAAAGUUAUAUAGAUGGACACUUGGGGGAAAGAGAGACAAAUUAAGUUUUGAAAGUACUUACAGAUUUCAGGUUAGGGAUGGUUGUUUCCAAUCCCUCAAAACAUCUCAAGUUCUUGUCCCUCCAGAUGGCCCCAUAAAUGCAGCUUCGGAUGGUUUGCCAUAACUUCUGAUCGAUCACUUUCCAGCUUUCCACUGUCCCCUUUAUUCACUAGUUUCCUACGCAACUGUUAGUUGGCUUUGCAUUUAGUGAAGCAUGAGUCGGCGAAGCUUCCAGGAAAAAGGUUACAAACAAAAAGUGAAUGAUAUUGUUCAUGGCGCUUUAUUCCCUGAAGCUGGAUUGGAAGGUGGAAGCGGUCAGGCUGGAGGAGUUGGUGGGCUUGUGAUUGUUCGAGAUCUUGAUCUCUUCUCAUACUGUGAGUCUUGCUUGCUCCCGUUCCAGGUCAAGUGUCAUGUAGGUUAUGUUCCAUCCGGACAAAGGGUUGUAGGACUAAGCAAGCUCUCUCGGGUGGCUGAUAUUUUUGCCAAACGGCUCCAAAGUCCACAGCGUCUUGCCGAUGAAAUUUGCGCUGCUUUGCAGCAUGGAAUUAAGCCAACAGGUGUUGCUGUGGUUCUACAGUGUUCACAUAUUCAUUUCCCAAAUUUCGAAACAGCCUUUCUCAACUCGACUCCCCAAGGAUGGGUAAAGAUAUUAGUCACCUCAGGUUCUGGUGUUUUUGAGGAUGAAAAAGCUGAUGUUUGGACUGAUUUUUUAAGUCUUCUGAAAUUCAGAGGUAUAAGCAUAGAAAGUGCCCACCCAAUGCUCUCCGACCAAUCAUGGUGCCCGUCUCAAUCUUUUGGCAGGUUGGGACAAGCAAAUUCAGCUAUGACAAAUGCAGUGCUUUCGAUACUUAAGUCUCUGGGUGAGGACACGUCGAGGGAAGAGCUUGUAGGAACACCAUCUCGGUUCGUCAAGUGGUUCAUGAACUUUAGUAAUUCUAAUCUGGAGAUGAAACUGAGUGGCUUUGUUCGAAAUAGAAUAGAUACUCGAAGUCAUUCUGGUCAGGUUGGUAGUUUCAAAGAUGGUAUCUGCUCUGAGCUCAAUUUAUCGUUCUGGUCUCAGUGCGAACAUCAUCUACUUCCUUUCCAAGGUGUUGUGCACAUUGGUUAUUACUCUUUGGACGGACUGAAUCCAGUUGGAAGAGCGCUAUUGCAAUCAGUAGUACACUUUUAUGGCUUUAAACUCCAAGUACAGGAAAGACUUACCAGGCAGAUAGCUGAGACUGUUUCGUCGCUCUUAGGUGAAGACAUAAUAGUAGUCGUGGAAGCAAAUCACACCUGUAUGAUAUCUAGAGGAAUUGAGAAGUUUGGAAGCAACACGGCCACAUUUGCUGUGUUGGGUCGAUUUUCCACUGAUCCUGCUGCAAGAGCAAAGUUUUUGCAGAGCCUCCCAGAUUCUUGUUCUGCAGGAAAAUGAUGUCGUGACUGAAGGGAAACAUAUAGGUUGCAUCAAGUAAACUUGCACUGAAUUCGCGAACAUAGGUCCUUUGCUCGGAAUGCAAGGUCCUGUUUUUGACUUCUAUACCGUAGUGAUAAAUGAGGUGAUGAAUUUUUAUCCAUGUUUUCCAUCCAUAUAUUCUGUAGCAUGAGCGAGGGUGAAUACCAGCAACUUCCAAAGUUGCCCUUGAUUCUUUUUUCUAAUGCAGUUGCCCUUGAUUGAAGUGUUAUACUUGGCACAUUGUGCCAUAUAGCUUAUACAUGAUGUUUUCCUAUGUUUUCUGCAACAUUAAUGUUACUGAAGUCCUGUUUGAAUUCAUUCAGUAUGAUGUUUUUGAUAAGGCAUUUCAGUAU